AGGAGGAAGAUGCGACGGCCAUGGAGAGCAGAUCGGGGACUCCUCGAGCCGUCCUGCUGAUGUGAUUGAUGCUGUUCAAUCGUCCCCAUGCGCUGACACGUUGCGGUGUUGCUGCGUGAACGAUGCACGAGCGAUGUCUGAUGUUGAGGCCACGUAUGCAGACUUCAUUGCCUCGGGCAGGACGGGACGGAGGAACGCCCUGCACGACAUCCUGCAGAGUCCCACCGACCCCGAGGGACGAGAGCUGCCCCUCACCCUGUCUCUGUCCCAGCUGCACAUCAACGCAGGAGGGGGAGAGGGAGACGACACAGAGGACAGCCAGAGCUCCUCCUCCUCAGCACAGAGGGAGGCUGAGCAGAGGAACAGCUAACCUAUAUGUGUGACCUGUGUGUGUGUGUGUGUGUGUUAUGUGUGAAGAAUCUGCUUGUCUAAAGUGGGCUGGCAGCCGCGGGGUAGCACCACCACUGCUGAGGUGCCUAUAAGCAGGGCAUUGACACCCAAAAUCCACUGUAGAGGCGCUGUGCUGUGAUGUGAUCAUCCAGUGCUCUCAUGUCCCUGUGGCUCUGCUGUGCAAUAGAAUAACAGACUGAUUCCCGGGUGUUUUUUUUCAGAGCCGGUGGAAGCAGAAAGACACAUUUGUAGCUCUUGUAAAGUUGAUUUUUACUUUCAGUCCUAGUUACUAAACACACAAGUUGGAUGACUGGAAUGAAACGAGAAAGUAGGCAGAGACCCUCUGUGAGUUUUGUAGUAGUGUAAGCAAUUUGUAAGACCACUGAGACGUGCUGAUGUAAUGGGUCACAGUGGGAGUAGCAUGUUUGUAGAGGUAGUGAUGCUGAUAGAGAUUAUAUUGGCAGUUAAUGGCUUGUGCUUCUUUUAAAUUGACAAUACUGUGGAGGGAAUUGGACCACUCAGCUGUAGUAGAGCUGGAAAACACCGUGAACAAAAACACUGGGGUCUGGUUACUCAAAGGUGCACUGUGUUUGCUGAUUUUGUCGUGCCGUGUUUGACCAACCAAAUCCAGAUGUGUACUGUGUGUGUGAAACUGGCCUGUACUGUAGAAAGCAGAGGACUGUGGCACUGGGGAGGUGGUGUGACAGCGUUCUGCAGGCACCGACACCAUUCAUUUACAGUUAGUAAGGAUGACAUAUUUCCGUGGCUCAGUGGUUAACAAAACGAAAUGCUGAUGGUGUACUACUGUAUCUUUGACUGUCUCUUUUAAAAUCUUUUUUUGUUUUUUUAACUUUUCUAAUGAUGCCAUUAUGAUGAAACUUAGAUCAGAAGAUUGAUACCACUCUCAUGUCCGUACACUAAAUACGUAGCUGGAGUCAGCUGAAGGUAGGUUUAUCUUAGCAUGAAGCCUGGGAACAAGGGGACAAAGCCAGCCUGGCUGCACCCCGAACGUGACGAAAUCCACCAGCACCUCUAAAGUUCACUAAUGAGGAAGUUAUAUCAUUUUGUGAGAUUGAACCUGUUUGCUUAAUUCAUACAAAAACUGAAGCUGGCCGUUAGCCAACUAAACAGUUUCUUGGUUGCCAGGCAACCGGCAGAGAAACAAGGAAGUUACCGGCCGCUCUUGGACUUCACUUUUUGAAUUAAUGAAACAAGUGCGAUGUAACAAGCUGAUUGACGAGCUUUAGAGGUGCUGGUACGGAAGCAUGAAUUGGCCCACAGAUUAGCUAAGCGUGGUCUCUGUUUGUGUUGUACAUGAAUGUACUUUAGUCCCCUGACAAAGGAGCACCGCUGUAAAUCAACAGCUCUUGAUUUAUGACCAUCCAUAGAUAAGCUGGCUAAGCUAGUUAGCUGGACCCCUGCUGGCCAGCUGCCUGCUCCAGCAACCUAUCUAGCACGCAGCUGUGAGAGUGACAUCGAUCUUCCCAUCGGAAUCUCUGCAGUCAAAAUAUUCCUUAAAUGUAGAUAUGCAAUACUCAGCGGAGCUUCCAGCAAAUGUAACAUGUCUGUGUGAAGGUUUCUGCCUCUUGACACUGAGGCUGAACUACAUUCCUGCUACUUUGCGUAAUAAUGGAAACAUCCCAUAAUCAUCGUUCAUUAGGACCAUCGUGCAUGCCCUUUUGAAACUGUGUAUUUUUUGUCAGUUUUCUCCUUGUCAUUUUUACGGAGUAUAAUCUUACUGUAAGACUGCAGCUUGACUGUGUCUCGUUCUUAUUCAUGCUGAGGAUAAUAGGGUAAACGUAACUCUUUUUUACAAUACUCAUCCAGUCAGGUUUUCAAGUUGUAAACUGCCACGCGACUGUACAGUGACUCACCCCCGCUUCGACUACACAGUGUAAACUCAGCUGUUCAUAAUUUGGCAUGUAGACAUAUGGCAGUUGCAUGAUUCUGCUAAAUGUGUAGGUGUUUGUCUGACUGUCUAUAACCAUAUUUUCUACUUCUUGUGCCAAACAAAGUCAAAUAAAUAAUGGAUGACAGUGGGAUGCCGAGUUUCUUGUGUGGUUGUACUUCCGCAGUUUGGCCAACAGGUAGCACUGUGAGAGAAUUUCUCAAGCUUGACACUAGAACAUGUCAAGCAAAACUUCUGUUUAACACCCAUGUAACCAUUAUCAACAAUUAUUUGAGAUUCAUUACUUGGGAAAGAAAA